AAGAAAAAAACUGUGGAAAUGGAAAUUAACUCGCUAUAGAACCACAAUUAAAUACAUUUCCUGAAAUGAUCCAGAUCCUUGUUCUUGUGCUUUUUUAAAAUCACACUUGAGUAAGGCAGUCUUCUAUUUGUUGCAUCUUCCUUUAGGGCUCCAGAUCUUCUUUGGAAGGCUCUCGGCCAGUAGGACAAGUAGACAAACACAUCCUGCUUCUGGUGCAUGGAGUGGGAAAUGCAGGUCCAGAAAUCACAGAUGAACUGGUCAAGGUGCUUCGGAAGCGCCUGGAUGAAACCACCUUGGACAUCAUAACAGUUAUGCUUGUUAGGAACUGCAAGCUAACUCCUGCUGAUGUGGAGUUUAUCCAGCCAUCAGGAUCUCCUCCCACUGGAAUUAUGACCUUCAAUCUUCCAACGUAUUGCCUUCCCUGGCUGCCCACACUGGCUCACUACCUCAGACAGAACCUGCUUAUCUUCCUGCAUAUACCCAAGUACACUGACAGCAUUACUGUACACCAUUUCAAGCAUUACUUUCAUUUGAGCACUGACUUGGCUGACUCUGAUAUCUACCUCUACAAUAAGCCUGGAGGCCAGGGAACCGGAGGCAAAGGUAUUGCCUGCAUUGCUCUUUCAUUUGUAGAUGCUCAAGGUUGCCCCUUUAGGGUUGCAGCUCAUGACUGUUCCUCUAUUCUAAAACAUGAGACCUGCUCCAUCCCUCUUCACCCAGAACAUUUUGAGGAGCUGACAACAGUGAUUAAAGCAGAAGCUAUCAACAUAAACCAAAGUUCAGGUAAUAUACACACAGAUUGGCUUGUGUUAGGAUAGAGCU